AGCUUCGAGCGGCGGUCGCGCUGCUGGCUCAGACCUGUCGGGAUCGGUGGCCGCAUGGCUGCGCCUAUCUCGGGCCGCGGGGCCCGGGACUUGCUGCAGUUCCUGCGGCUGGUGGGGCAGCUCAAGAGAGUCCCACGUACUGGCUGGGUAUACAGAAAUGUCCAGAAGCCAGAGAGCGUAUCAGAUCACAUGUAUAGGAUGGCAGUUAUGGCUCUGGUGACCAAAGAUGAACAUCUUAACAAAGACCGAUGUGUACGCCUAGCCCUGGUUCAUGAUAUGGCAGAAUGCAUCGUUGGGGACAUAGCACCAGCAGAUAACAUCCCCAAAGAAGAAAAACAUAGGCGAGAAGAGGAAGCUAUGAAGCAGCUAACCCAGCUCCUCCCAGAGGAUCUCAGAAAAGAGCUCUAUGAACUUUGGGAAGAAUAUGAGACCCAAUCUAGUGCAGAAGCUAAAUUUGUGAAGCAGCUGGACCAAUGUGAAAUGAUUCUUCAGGCAUCUGAAUAUGAAGACCUUGAGAACAAACCUGGGAGACUGCAGGACUUCUACAAUUCCACAGCAGGAAAAUUCAGUCACCCUGAGAUAGCCCAGCUUGUUUCCGAACUUGAGGCAGAAAGAAACGCUAACAUAGCUGCCGCCGCCAGUGAGCCACACUCGUGAGAUGCACUCCUGUAACAAACAUUUUAUUUUUCUGUUUCAUGGUAUUGUGUUUUGCCACUGUUGGUCUGUUGAUUCCCCAGAUGCGAGUCUGUUUAUUUUCAAUUGCCUGGACUCCAGCAAGAAACGUGAUAAAAUUUGGACAGUAAAAGAAGCUACAGAACAGGGUGUGGUCCUGAAAAUGCCAUGGAUGAAGACUUGGAGGGUGGGGGGCUUUUUAUGAACUGAGUAAAUAAAUUUUUAAAACCUUAAACUUUGGAAUAUUUAUUACUGAUUUUCAGUCAUCUUAUUCUGAGUUAAUAACCUACCUCCCUGAAGGCCAGAUUCGUUGAACAAUAGAAAAUGUAAUUAUGAUUGCUUUUAAGAAGAUUCUUCAGCUGGCUUAGUGAUAAGGAUCCAGGAAAGACAAAGUAUCAUAAUGCAUUCUCCCAUCAGAUGAAAUGCUGCUUUAUUCAGAUGCUGCAGCCAGACUUUUAAUUCACUAUGAUGUGCUUUAGGGCCCUGAUCAUAGACUUGUAACCUGGUAACUGGUUCUGCCCCUGCCCCCAUCAAUCCUUUCUGUCAUUUGGGGAUAUAAAUCUGGGCAUGCGAUCUCAAAUGGCAUUUCUCCUCCUCUGUUUUCCCCUGGCUGAUUUAUAUUCUUCAGACCUUGAUUAUAAGAUAUUUAUCACCAGAUGAGAAAUAUAUGAGUUAUUACUGGGUCACGGGACCUUAUGGAGAGAACGCAUCAGACCCGACUUCUUCCCCUCAUCUCCCUAGCAUAGGAUACCUGUGCUACUUGUCUGGAAUUGGUCUUCUGAAUAACAAACCCUAGAACUAUGUUGCCGAGUAAAUAAUUAUUCUUGGGUUGAACUGUUGGUUCGCAGACCGGCUCCCCUACGCGGAGGGCAAGGAGAGACUGCAGAAGAGGCAGCCACUCCAGCUUAGUAGGUGGCCAGUUCAUAAGCAAGGCAACUUACAUAUGCAGCUUGUCUGGGGCGGCCUCAAGACAAGAUCUCUGCACUCGCCUGUCAGAAUCUUGAAUUUAUAUAGAAGCUUUAACUGGCUUCAGUCAGUCGUGUACCGUCCAGAUGGUCUCAACCAUUACCGUCACAAGGCAGCUUCCUGAAACAGCUCCUAGUGUGGGAAUGGUAGGUGGAACACACAUUACACGCACAGGGAUGGGGGUGAGUAGCCUCCAAUUGCCUGGGCCCAGCUCUCUGGUCAGCUGGUGGUCACAUCCUCCUGAUGACCUGCAACAUGAACUCAACAAAAACAAUUCCUUGUUACCUCUUGGUAAUGAGGAAGAGACUACCCCGCACUCAAAAAGAGGAGCAGCUGGAAGGGUUGGUCUGCAGGGGGCACCUCAGGCUAGUUCUCCCUGCCUGGUCCCUGGGGCUGAUCCGGGUCGGGUGGAGGUGGGGGUGGUUCCAUCUCCAAAACAGUUCCUUGUUUUCCCAUUGUCUGUGGGCUACCAUUUCCCUAGCUCUUACGUAAUUCUCAAUGCCCUUAUAUUUGACAAAUACUAAUUCUAACAGAAUGGCCAACCUGUUCGUCUUAAAAUCUUGUAACGUAUGCUCUGGGAUAAAUGACUAACGAAGUGCCUUGGGAAGAGCAUCCUCUGUACCCAGCAUUUUUAUUUAAGUAACUUGCCAGUCUUUAUAGACAAAGUGAGAUUGGGGAUGAUUUCUAUGGGAGACUUAGGAUUAUGUUAUUUGUGGUUUGCCUUGAUAUAUAUACUCUUUAUGGUAGAAACUGAAAGUCAAGUAGAAAUGCAGAAUAAAGAAUUUUACCAUUCUUAAAUAAAGAUUAUCAAAAA